UCGAACGGGAGCCCGGGCAGCCGCUGUGGCCGGCGGACGCUCAGCGCCGGGCCGAGACAAGGGGAGGGGGAAACUGGGGUCCCGGAGCUACGUCACCGGGGGGACCCCGUUACCAAGGAGACCGGGGGUCCGGAGCUACGUCACUGGGGGGACCCUGUUGCCAAGGAGCCCGGGAGCCCGGAGCAGCGUCACUGCGGGGACCCCGUUACCAGCAAGGCCUGGGUUCUAGAGCCGUGUUGCCAAGGCGACCGGGGGACGUGCCCGCCAGCCUCGCUGCCCUGGGGGCCGGGGGGCUCUCGCGCUGCGUUGCUAGGAGACCGGAGUCCCGAGCAGGAGGGGUCGGGGUGCUAGAGCUGCGCAGCAGGUUGCCAUGCCGACCAGGGUGUUCGUUCUAGAGCAGCGUUGCCAAGAGACGCGCUGUUCUGGAGCCGCUUUCCCCUGGGGGGGGUUCUAGACCGGCGUUCGUGAGAGGCUCUCGAUCCUGAGCGCAGAGCUAGAGACACCGGGGGGGGGGGGGUUCUGGAGCUCUGUCAGCAAGAGGGGGAUCUAGAACCGCAGAGGGGCGGUGGGUCUGGAGCUGGGAAAGGGCCCUGCCGGGCUCCAGAACUGCGUUGCAGGGGAAGGCAAAGGGGAUCCAGAGCUGGGGCAGGGGGAGGCCUCCAAGCCCCCCAUGCUUUGGCUCCCCUGAGCCCACGGGGGGGCCGGUAGCGGGGUCCCCCCACCCCCUGCAGGGAGCCAGUGCACUUUAGCAGCAGCCAGGGCGGGGAGACGAUGCCGUGAGCUGUUGUGUCGUCAGCUGGAUAACGAGGGAGGUAACGGGAGGGAAUUAAUCCCCCCCCACACACACCCCGGGCAGGAGAGGUUGGGGCAGGUCUAGGCCCGCAGCAGGAGCUGGGUAAAUUUCCAGCCACUGCUACCAUGAGUUGCUCCUGUCUCAGCCAGUAAACUUCUCAGAGAAGAAUAGAACCCAGGAGUCCUGGCUCCAAGGCCCCCCGUUCUAACCCACUAUACCGCACCCCUUCCCAGAGCUGGGGUAGAACCCAGGAGUCCUGAUUCCCAGCACCCCCUCCCCAAUGCUGGGGAGGGGGAGCCAGCCAUGCCAUCUGAGGCCCUGCCCUGCUUCCAGCUGCUGCGGAUGGGCCCAGCCAGUCCGGGGGAUGACCCGAACCGGGACCUGCACACCUUCCGGCCAGCUGGGCCGCACUGCACCUACCGGCUGGGGCGCCGGGCCGAGGUCUGCGACGUCCCCCUGGUGUCAGAGCGCAACCCGGGGCUGGUGUCCCGCAUCCACGCCGAGAUCCACGCCGAGAGGGACCCGCACAGCACCGCCGGGGAGUGGCGGGUCUGCCUGGUGGACUGCAGCACCCAUGGCACCUACGUCAACGCGGUGCGGGUGCCCCGGGGCCGGCGCCUGGAGCUGAGCGACGGAGACCUGGUCACCUUCGGCCACCCGGACCCUGUGCCCGAGGGCUGCGCCCUGGCACCCCCGCCUGACGACUCGGAGUUCUGCUUCCUCUUCCAGAAGGUGCGGGUGCAGCCCCAGGAUUUUGCCGCCAUCACGGCCCCCAAGGCCCCCUGGCCGCUCCCCUGCGGCUUCAAACCCGUGCUGCCUGGCGGCAACCAUCGCAUCCGCCCACUAGCCCGGCCCGCGGGGCCCUCUCGCCCUUCCCGCCCCAAGGCCACCCUGAUCCUCAGCUCCAUCGGCAGCCUCAGCAAGCUCAAACCACAGCCACUGACUUUCACCCUGAACCGGGGUCCGAGGUCGGAGCCUCCCUCCCGGCCCGGGGCCUCCAGGAGCCGUCGGAAGUCGGCCCACACGCUGCUCCCCGAGCUGGAGGACGAGGUGACCCGGCUGGACGAGGAGCCGUGGGCUUGUGAGCCGGAUGGAUACAGCUGCCAGAGCCCGCUGCGGAAGGCGCCGGAGGGGGCAGGGAGCGGCAGGGCGCAGCCAGAUGCGCGACUGAAGGUCCAGGUCACGCCAAGCGGGAAGCGGCGGGGGCGGCCGCGGAAGCACCCGCUGCGUGACACCUGCCAGGUGUUCUCGCAGACGCUGCUGGCGGCGGAGCCCUGCGCGGCCCCACGCUGCCGCCUGCCCCAGGACGAGACGGUGCAGUGGGUGCAGUGCGACGGCUGCGACGCCUGGUUCCACGUGGCCUGCGUGGGCUGCAGCUACAGCGCCGUCCAGGAGGCCGACUUCCGCUGCGGGGGCUGCCGCACGUAGCCGCAGGGCAGGGGAGCACGGGGCGGCCAGGAGACUGGAGACGGUGCAAGAUGGGCAGGGAGUGGUGACACCGGGCCUGGCGAUUGUGUGCGCGCACAGACAGUGACUGGUGACACCGGGCCAGGCGAUUGUGUGCGCGCACAGACAGUGACUGGUGACACCGGGCCUGGCGAUUGUGUGCGCGCACAGACAGUGACUGGUGACACCGGGCCAGGCGAUUGUGUGCGCGCACAGACAGUGACUGGUGACACCGGGCCUGGCGAUUGUGUGCGCGCACAGACAGUGACUGGUGACACCGGGCCAGGCGAUUGUGCGCGCACAGACAGUGACUGGUGACACCGGGCCAGGCGAUUGUGCGCGCACAGACAGGGACUGGUGACACCGGGCCUGGCGAUUGUGUGCGCGCACAGACAGGGACUGGUGACACCGGGCCAGGCGAUUGUGUGCGCGCACAGACAGUGACUGGUGACACCGGGCCUGGCGAUUGUGUGCGCGCACAGACAGGGACUGGUGACACCGGGCCUGGCGAUUGUGUGCGCGCACAGACAGGGACUGGUGACACCGGGCCAGGCGAUUGUACGCGCACAGACAGUGACUGGUGACACCGGGCCUGGCGAUUGUGUGCGCGCACAGACAGGGAGUGGUGACACCGGGCCUGGCGAUUGUGUGCGCGCACAGACAGGGAGUGGUGACACCGGGCCUGGCGAUUGUGUGCGCGCACAGACAGGGAGUGGUGAAACAUGACACCUUAGAAGGCACUGGUGAAAUCGUGGGAGACAAGCAAUGACUGGUGAAAUGUGCCAGGCGAUUAUGCAUGCCCAGCGGCUAGUGCCACCGUGCCAGCCAAGUGGGGACUGGGUGAAAACAGCCGAGGAGCCUGAAGCAAGAAACGUAAGCCGGGCACGUGGCUGGCGAUGGAAAGAAGAGAUGCCCGACUCGUGACUUGUGCAAAAGUGCCAAGACGAUUGUGCAAACCUGGGAGCCGAGCACAUCCCUCUGGGCUGGGAUUUCUGUUCCCCUACAGGGAAUGGGACACGGGGCCUUUCCUCUCUACGGGGCACCGGCUCCACAAUCCAGCCCCAGCGCACGUGAGCUGUGGCUUGUGAAAAUGUGCCCGAUGGGGUGAGAGCCAAUGGAGGGCCGAUGCCUGAGCAGUGCCUCACACUAACUGUGCCGGGCUUUCGCUCCCAAUCAGGCCGGGCGUUGGCCCGGUGCCGCCUCAGAGCAUUUGGCAUUCGUGCGCAGCAUGGACAUCGAAGCAGCGGCUCGCAGAGACUACACGCGGCCCUCGUGACAAACAAGGCAGCUGUGCAGCCUCGCACGAGGAGGUGACCUGGCCAUUUCCACGCCCACGAGGACUCCAGGAGGGCAUCCAAGAUGCGCACACCCCCGUGCGAUUGAUUCAUCUGCCAGCCUUUACACCCCAUUCCCUUCCUUCUUUCCGUAGCAGCCGCUUCUCCCUGCGCCUGGAUUUCCCCGUGCGAAUACACCCAGUCGUCAUGGCCUCCCACGGAGCCGCUUCCCCGCUCCCUUCUUCCUUCCAGGGGAGGGGAGACGGAAAAGAAGGGAGUGAAAACGCGCCGGAAAGGCCAGAAAAACUGGAUUUUUCAGCCUGUUCCUAAAACGGGGUUCUUCCUACUCCUAAACCGGACCUUUCCCGCCCACGACGCUGGUGAAUGGCUCCCCCCGCCGCGCCAUGGGCGGAGACGCGGAUCCACCUCUCCCCUCUGUUAUUUUUUCCUUCUUUUGCUCUGGCACCAAAAAAAAAAAAGGGGGGGGGUGUUUCUAACUGAUCACCUGUUUGUUUUUCUCCACCGUCCCGCUCCACUUGUGCCCAUUGCAGUCUAACAUGCGCCACAAAAACCAAC